AUGCAGUCAAACACUACAAAUAAGACCUCGACCUUUCCCAUCGUUGGACCAGCCGAUCGUCUUAAAAAAUCCCAAACAACUUUUAUUCGCCCAGCCCAAAUGAGUCUCUUCGCUCGAGUGACAUCAUACCCGCCUCUAGGGCAACUGACCCCUCUGCAGCGAGGCCAGAACACCUUACGGUCUGAAGAGGGUGAUGUGGUACGAUUCACUGUCGUCAUUGAGUCUAGCACUUCACUGCCAGAACAAUCGUGGGAAGCACAGAUCUGGCAUAAUAUCGGCAGCUCGGAAUGGAAAGCCCUUCCGCUACAAAGACUGGAUUCCUCGCACGCGCCGUUGCUGACAGGCAAUGAGGCCGAAUAUUCUUUCUAUCGCUAUGUCUUGACAGAGAAGGCUGCGCUUCCUGCUUCUGGUGGACAUGCCCAAUUUACUGUUCGCUUCCGCACCAACCCCGAAACUGAGUGGCAAUGGGUCAAUCAGCAGCACUCUGUGAAUGAUGGCGAGCUCGUCUUUGGCCCUCAGAUCUCAGAGCUGACAAAGAUAUCCGCAUCUAAUGAUUCUUCCCUGGAUGCGAAAACGGAGCUUUCCAAGUAUAUUAAUGGUCUUUCUCCCGAGGUGGAAGUUGAAUCUCGUCGCAGUGACUGUCCAGGAUCCUUGCUCUGGGCGGUCUCUGGAGAUGUUGACGCAGCCCAGAAAGGCGUUUCUGGUUUGAAGCAACUCACUCUCGGAACACCUUCGUCUACGAUCAAGUACUUCUCUUUGGUACGCAUAUGGAGCCCGUGGCUGGGUCCUCGUCACGGGAAGGACAAGUUUCAGUUGACGGAAGAUGCAAUUCUUUGCUCCUUUUUGCGGAAUGAUGGAACCCAUCUCGUCCUGCUAGCCGUUUCGGGCAUAAACGAUGUAUUGACUGUAUUCCAGUCUGGCAAUGAUGGCGAGCUAGUGGUCAAUGCCAAGAGUGAUAAUGCAAAACUAGCAAAAUUUCACGUUCUGGUCGCGAUAGCGGAGGACUUUGAAGUUGCCAUGUCUGCAUUGGUUUAUGAAGCAAGGAAGGUUGUUAGACCAUUUGGUGAAUCCACCAAUGGUUCUUCUGACGACCAGCCCCCGCUUUCUCCUCCAGCAGAAGACACAGUGAUUGUUGAGAAAGAUGCAAAAAUACAGUGGUUGACCGAGUGGUUUGAUGGUUUAACAUACUGUACUUGGAACGGCCUUGGCCAGAAUUUGACCGAAGAGAAAAUUCUAGGGGCAUUGGCUGACUUCAAAACACAUGGAAUCAGUAUUGUCAACCUUAUAAUCGAUGACAAUUGGCAGAGUCUUGACAACGAAGGCGAAUCUCAAUUUAAACGGCGCUGGAAACAGUUUGAGGCAAACCCUAAAGCUUUUCCAAAAGGUCUGAAGCAGACCGUUGAGACAAUUCGCCGGUCUCACCCUAGCAUCCAACAUGUCGCUGUCUGGCAUGCUUUGCUGGGUUACUGGGGAGGAAUCUGCCCCGACGGUGACCUUGCGAAAAAAUACAAAACGAAGGAAGUGAAAGUCAAAGAUCCUGCUGCCGGAGGCCCCAUUGCACAUGAUAUUUCAGACGGCAAAAUUCUCGCCAUUGACCCCGAGGAUAUCCAACGCUUCUUUGAUGAGUUCUACACCUAUCUCACUUCUGUUGGGGUAGACUCUGUCAAGACCGAUGCUCAAUUCUUCCUCGACCUCCUGGAUGAUCCGGAGGACCGCAAGCGAUUCAUGACAUCCUACCAAGACGCAUGGUCCAUUGCAUCAUUGAAGCACUUUAGCACGCGUGCGAUCUCGUGCAUGUCAUUGAUUCCACAGAUGAUAUUCCAUUCUCAACUACCAAAUAAUAAGCCGACAAUAGCAUUGCGCAACUCGGAUGACUUCUUCCCCGAGAUUGAUUCAUCCCAUCCGUGGCAUGUGUUCUGCAAUGCUCACAAUGCGCUAUUUACUCGGUACCUAAACGCCCUACCAGAUUGGGAUAUGUUCCAGACCAGCCAUUCAUAUGCCUCUUUCCAUGCUGCUGCCCGCUGUGUGUCAGGUGGUCCAGUGUAUAUAACGGACGAACCGGGGAAACAUGACCUAGAACUGCUAGGUCAAAUGACAGCGCCAACCGUCCAAGGAGGUACUGUGAUCCUCCGCCCUAGUGUCAUUGGUCGCACAAUUGAUAUCUACCAUGACUACAACGAGGGCCAUGUUUUGCGAGUAGGAAGCUACACUGGUUGGGCUAAGACUGGCAGCGGAAUCCUGGGUUUAUUCAAUAUCCACUCCAGUGAGGCAUCGUGUAUGAUCUCAUUAAUGGAUUUCUCCGGGGUCCAUCAGGACUCAUGUGGCCAGUAUAUUAUCCGCGCGCACACAAGUGGCAAGGUCACCGAGAGAAUGCAACCGAUGGCGCAGGACUCCCUCGUGUCUGUCCUUUUACAAGAAAGGGCAUGGGAGAUUCUUACAGCAUACCCGACCCAACCAUUCACAAUCAAAGGGAGCUAUAAUUCUAACGAGAGUCUCACCCACGUGGCUGUUCUUGGUUUGCUCGGAAAAAUGACUGGCGCUGCUGCGAUAAUUAGUUCGGAUAUUUUUGUUGUUGAGAACGGUCGUCUGCGGUUUGAUAUUCAUCUGAAGGCACUUGGCACACUUGGAGUCUACAUAUCUGAUCUCAAAGACCGAGAAAUCGCUCGGGAUCUGAUGGUCAUGAUUCUAGGACAGCCGGUACCCCAAAAGACCGUAUGGAAAGAAGGUGGAGAAGAUAGCCAAGUGCUAGCGAUCGACGUUCUGGCGGCCUGGAAUGCCAUGAAACUCAACAGCGGGUGGAGCAAUGAAGCUUUCGUACAGAUAUUUGUUGGCUGA